AUGAUCCACGACAACCUGGCGAAAAUCUUUGAAAUUGAGCCGUUUGGUGAUAUCGGCGCUUGGACCUUUGUUUUCCUGAUGAAUUUCCGCUUCAUCGUCCAGAUCUAUCUCUUCUUUUUGAUCUCAAUAUUACAUUUAUUGGCUAUAUUCGCUCCAACAAAAUAUCGACGUUUCGACACGCCAACUACCGUAAUUGCGAUGGCAAUCCCGGUCGGAUUGGCGUUAGUCCAAGAUACGAUAUAUUCGACCGUGUGCAACUGUUUGUACUACGACGUGGAGAAACAGGACUUUACCGUGCACCUCAUCAACCUCGACUUCCAAUUUGCAUACGAUAUUUUUGACAAGGCAUUAAAAGUAUCGAUGAUUUCACUGCUAAUCGGUACUGAUAUCGCGCUGGUUUCGAAGCUGUACAGGAUAGACGGCCUGGGAGCUGCAAGGCGAAGAGCGGUCAGGACGACAGAUAGCAGUUUAGCUACUGUUGCUACCGUUGAGCGACAGGACUCGACAAUUGCGUGGACCAACGGAUUACCACCUGCUUCGACCCCAGCCCAACGUCCCGUCCACCGCGUUCGUAUCGACAAGCGGCUGGCUCUGGGGUUUUUCUAUAUAACGCUCGCCUACACCUACGUCGGCUUCUAUUAUAAACUAUCCCAUUUAAUACCGACCAAUAUACGAGAGGGUUUCGCCCUGUUCCAAGCCUGUUUGGAGAUCAGCAAAUGUACAGUCUAUGUGUUUAUUGUUACGUAUAAA